AUGGCUACACUACCCAAGGAGUUCGACAUCAUAUCAAGUGACGAGAGACGGUCUGGCGUCGAGGAAAGAUGGACUUCCUUCCAGCCAUACCUUCUUUCGAAAGGAUACCAACUCCGCCCACGUUACCGGCCUGACUGGGUCCCAUCUUGGCAGAUCAACAACCGCUUACAUGCUUCGGAUUGCGAGGACAGCAUAGACUGCAUGCCCCUGCGUGUGCUGGAUGCAACUCAGGUUGCGAGUGGCCGGCAAGUUGUUAUCAAGAUGCUAGUGCCCGGACACGAGCAAGGCGAAAAUGAACUGGCCGUGCUUUCACAUUUCAGUUCACCAGAACUCAGAGGUCAUCCAGAUAACCAUGUUGUACCGUGUCUGGAUUCAUUCCCCAUACCUGAAAUCGAUUCUGGAACAUUCGUCGUGAUGCCAUUACUCGGACAAUAUUAUGAGCCCCCAUUGAAAAGUAUCGCCGAGGCUCAUGACUUUCUUCAACAAUUAUUCAAAGGUUUGAUUUUUUUGCACGAAAACGAUACUGUACACUGUGAUAUAGCCUCCGCCAACAUCAUGAUGGACUCUCAGCCACUUUACGACGAACCAUUUCAUCCAUUUCUCAAGACAGUCUCUCUCGAUGCCCGGCGGAUGAUAUAUCCUAAACACUCUAGACUUGAGAAGCAUGUGCGAUACUAUUUCAUUGAUAUGGGUUCUGCAACCUGGUUCCGAGACUCAAGUUUGCCACGCCUAAUUACGGGAAAGCUCGCACGAACAUUGGCACCUGAGCAAAAAACCGAUAGAUCAUAUGAUCCUUUUGCGGUAGACGUUUAUCAACUAGGUAUAGUACUCAAACACGACAUAAUACCACAACAUGACGCACUACACUUUCUCCAACAACUUGCGGAAGAAAUGACCCAUUCAGAUCCAACUGCUCGCCCAACACUCAUCAAAGCACAGCAGUCCAUGAACAUGGCAUUCCUUGGAAUAAGAGGAGCGAUGUACAGAUGGCCACUCAUUCCGCGAGAAGCGGGGUUUAGGGCGAGAGCGGUUUAUUAUGUGUGGGGUGUUGUAUCGGAGAUAAGGUACUGGCUCGAAAAGGUUUUAAGGUUAUUUCUGAGGGUACGAAUCUAG